AUGUAUUUGUCAAGAUUCCUGUCACUUCACGCCCUCUGGGUUACCGUAUCCUCUGUGAUGCAGCACUACCCAUCCGUAUGGGGACACUAUGACGUGUGUAAGACUCAGAUUUACACAGAAGAAGGAAAAGUGUGGGAUUACAUGGCCUGCCAGCCAGAAGCCAGAGACAUGAUCAAAUACGUAAAAGUGACACUGGAUCCCCCAGACAUAACGUGUGGAGAUCCUCCUGAGACUUUCUGUGCAAUGGGGAAUCCCUACAUGUGCAAUAAUGAAUGUGAUGCGAGUACCCAAGAACUGGCUCAUCCUCCGGAACUGAUGUUUGAUCUUGAAGGAAGACAUCCUUCCACAUUUUGGCAGUCCACAACUUGGAAGGAUUAUCCGAAGCCUCUUCAUGUUAAUAUUACGCUCUCCUGGAACAAAACCAUUGAGCUGACAGAUAACAUUGUUAUCACUUUUGAAUCUGGCCGUCCAGACCAAAUGAUCCUGGAGAAAUCACUCGAUUAUGGACGAACAUGGCAGCCCUACCAAUACUAUGCCACAGACUGCUUAGAUGCUUUCCACAUGGAUCCAAAAUCAGUGAGGGAUUUAUCCCAGCACACAGUCCUAGAAAUCAUUUGCACAGAGGAGUACUCUACUGGGUACAUGACAAACAGUAAAAUAAUCCACUUUGAAAUCAAAGAUAGAUUUGCUUUUUUUGCUGGACCUCGGCUUCAUAACAUGGCUUCUCUUUAUGGCCAGCUUGACACAACCAAGAAGCUAAGAGAUUUCUUUACCAUCACAGAUCUGAGGAUAAGACUGCUUAGGCCAGCAACUGGUGAAAUAUACGUAGAUGAGCAACACCUGGCACGCUACUUUUAUGCAAUUUCAGACAUAAGGGUAUACGGAAGGUGUAAGUGCAACCUCCACGCUACUGGCUGUAAAGAAGAAAACAAAAGACUACUUUGUGAAUGUGAGCAUAACACAACUGGCCCAGACUGUGGAAAAUGCAAGAAGAAUUACCAGGGCCGACCGUGGAGCCCUGGGUCUUAUCUGCCUAUACCUAAGGGCACUGCUAAUAUCUGUAUACCCAGUAUUUCCAGUAUUGGUAAUCCUCCAAAGUUUGAUAGGAUAUGGCCGAAUAUUUCUUCCCUUGAGGUUUCUAAACCAAACCAAGACUGUUAUUGUAACCCUUUUGGUUCAGUCCAUGAUCGCUGUAAUGACAGAGGAUUUUGUGAGUGUAAGGAGGGAACAUCAGGGCCUAAAUGUGAUAAAUGUCUGCCGGGAUAUAUCUGGCACAGCUUGGGCUGUCAACCAAACGUAUGUGACAAUGAACUACUGCAUUGCCAGAAUGGAGGAACAUGCAUCAACAACAUACGGUGCCAGUGCCCUCCAGCUUACACUGGUAUUUUAUGCGAGAAGUUGAAGUGUGAAAGGGAUGCAGGAGGCUGCAGCCAGAACUCCGGCCAGGGUGCAAUAUCACAAGGGCCUCUAUUACUGCUGACUGCUCUACUAGGAGCAGCUGGACUCUGCACAUGCUAG